CAACAGAGUCAGAGAGCACACAGAGAGUCCUUUCUUAUACUGUACGGCCCGGGGAGAUUGAGAAAGUGUGACUCAACUCCUCCUCUUGCAUGCCGAGUCCAGGUACAGCGGUGGAUAUGAGCUGUGCGCGCUGUCAGAGCUGUGCAGUCGAAAUGAGAACUGGGGAGAGACGUCUGGAUUGGCCCUGAUCUGAGCCGAAAUGUCCUCAUUCCAUCACAUCUGUGAGACUCAAGGCAGAAGGGAUUAAAAUAGAGUUGUGUUCUCCAGUGGGACUGAUGCUAAAGAAUCCAACCAGUAUAAACACAACCUACGGUCUCUGUAGUCAGACACAAGAUGUGAAUCAUCAAAAGCCUGCGAUUUCAAAACGAAUCAUCUCAUAAACAAUGCUUUGUUCUUAAGACCCAAAGGCAAGCCUCUGUCAGAUAAGUGCAAUAGUUUGGGAUUAAAGGAAUGAGCGUGUACAUCGAGGCUUUUGAAACAGUCCAUCCAUCACUCAACGAAACCGGCUUGUGAGAUUUUCUCAAGAUGGGACCACAUCAGCCCCAACGCUGAACAGUAUCGUAACUAACUCAAGCGAUCAAAUUUACCUGAUCUUCACAGUAUCUCUCCGGCCGCAUCGGAUCUGAUCUGCAUAGGAACCCCAGAGAGAUUUGAAGGACUCUCGCUGAACCAUGAAGGAGGCGAUCCUGCAGUUUUUCAAUGAUAUAUGGACGCUUGCCUUAGUCAAGCACAACCAAAGCAUCUAUAACACAGUGUGCUUGGUCGUUCUUCUGACUGUGCCUCUGGUUGUCAUCUUGACGUCGCUGGUGGUGUGUUGUCAUUAUUGUUGCUGUCGUCGGCGCGGCGGAUGUCUGUGUUGUUGCUGUUGUAAAGGUGAGGCCACAAACACAGAGCCGAAACCCGAAAAGAAGAAGAGAAAGAAAAAUGCCGACCAAAAGGACGAGGACUUGUGGAUAUCGGUUAAAAAUGAUCCAUUGACUAAUGAAAGAUUAGCACUGACUACAGUGUGAAACAGGAGCUGUUUUGUAUUUAUUGAUCUGUGUUAUUGAACUUUUGUUACAUGCACAGCAAAGUGAGUGUUUGCGAUACAGACAUGUUGACAAAAAACAUGCCUGAAUUUACAAAGGAGAAAUGACAGCUAGAAAAGAUGAUUGAAUUAACGUUGACACAACGUUAAUUUAACGUUAUUUUUUGCUAUCUGCGUUGCAAGUUAUGGUAAAAGUCAAUGAAUGUGUGGUAUGUUCUGUAUUCUGUAUGUAAGAUUUCUACAUCACCUUUAUGAGUUGGCAAAUCUUAAAUAUGUGCAUUACCAAAGGUAUCACCUUGCAGCAACCUGCUUUCCUGCGGCUCAGUGGAUAGAGCAUGGCGCAGGCAAUGCUAAGGUCAUGGGAUCUAUCCCAGGAGUUUGCACGCAGUCAUAAAAAAAUGCAUAGUACAAUGCAAUAUAAGUCGCUUUGGAGAAAAUAUUCUGCGAAUGCAUAAAUGUAACCAGUGUUUGGUAAGUUACUCUUAAAAAGUAAUUAAUUACUAGUUACUAAUAACAUAUUCACUAGUGUAAUUAGAUCACAAAUGACUCUCUCCAAAAAGUAUUUGUGACCCUGGACAAAAAAGUAGUAGUCUUAAGUAGUAGAGGAAAUUUUUUAGUAAUCGUCAAAAAUACAGUGUAGGGGUUAACGUUUUUUUCUUUUUGACAAAAAUCUUUAGGAUAUGAAGUAAAAAUCAUGUUCCAUUAAGAUAUUUUAUAAAUUUCCUACUGUUAAUGUUUAAAAAUGUAUUUUUUGUGAGUGGAUGGCCUGAUACAGUGCCUCAGAUUAACAACUUUAAAGGUGAUUUUCUUAAUAUUUUGACCCUCAGAUUCCAGCUUUGUAGAUGGUUGUUGUUUCGCCAGAUAUUGUCCUAACUCAACAAACCACAUAACAAAGCUUUUUUCUUCAGCUUUCAGAUGAUGUAUUAAUCUUAAUUUCCAAAAAAUUUCCCUUAAGACUGGUUUUGUCGUCCAGGGUCACAUAUAAUAAUUUCCUAAUUCAACCUUGAGUAGAAUUCAGGGAUAGAUAUGAUACAGCGUAUUAAAUUCAUUCAGAUAAAUACUCAAAUAAUAAAUACCACAUCAAUUAUUCUCAUUAAAUGACCAAAGUAUACAAAUGUGAGAAGGAUAAAUUAAAGCAGGCAUUUUAAAGUUAGACAUGUCAUUUCCACUAUUUGAUAUAUUACAGAGUAUUUAAAUCAAUUACAUCACAUUAACUUUGACUAAAUUACAGAAAACACAAGAGUGAUCCCUUACUUUACUUUUUCAAGGGAAAAGUAAUUAAAUUGCAGUAACUAAUUACUUAUAAACUAGUUACACCCAACACUGACAACAAGUGACAUCCCUACACAAUAUUCACACAAAUUUGAUCUAAAUGAGGCAUUUUAACUUCAACGUGAGGGCUAGAUUGACGGCCUCAUUUACUGAGACGAAAAUAACUGCAGCUGCUGAUCUGACACAUCAGAAUGAGUUUAUCAUUAGACAAGAUCAACACCUCCAUAUCAUGUCAUCAUCGUCUCCCAAACGCUUUAAUUCGAAACCUUGCGAAAACAAUUACACCGAGCUCAAAACGGAUGAACUUCCAGACAUUACGGAAACUCCAUGAUCACAGUUGUGUGUAAUUGAAGCUGAUGAUAAACAAACCUUGAUCUUCUGGCACCUUGCACGUGUUUGGUUGUUUUCCAGCUUCGUAAUUAGAUGUUUAUUUGGGACUUCAACACAUUGUGAGUCAUGCAUUAAAACUCAUCAUUUCAAACAUUUACAUUUUUACUUUUUAAACGGUCACGUUUUUCAUAGUUUUCAUAGUUAAAGCGCAAUUGAAUAAUUCAUUGUAUAAUUGAUUUCUGGUACGGUUGGAUAAAGGAGAAAAUUCUCUUUGUUUGGACAAAGAAGCUGUCGGGUUCUGUUUGCUCUGUGAAUGUCCAGUACGUUUGAUGGUAAAGCUUUGACCAGUCCACUUCUGCAUGGAUUGACAGUUUGUGUGAUAAUGCUGAAGAACCAUUCAUUUUUUUCUCUGAUGACUGAUGCAUGCUGAUAUUUCAGUUUUGUCUCUUUUUUUAAACAUGCAAAAUUAAAUAAAAUAUAUUUUUUAUACUUAUAGUCA